CAAGGGUUCCCGUCCUCACGUUGGGUAGGCAGCCCGUGACAUAACGGCGGUACCUUCCGCACGAGCAAGAAGGCAGCUGAGAGCAGCAGUGAUACCGGGUAGUAGGGCUGGGCUAACCAGCGGCAGAUUCCAGGCACGGAAUAGAUCAGAGCCAACAGCGGAGCAAGCACCGCCAUCUUCACCUCACACUGACCGAGCUCCGGCGCUACACUAUCACCACCCUCUUGCAGCACACACGCUCUUCGUUCUUUUACUCAGACUAACUAGCCAAUGCUAACGUCAACCAAAGAAAAGGCAGAGCUUAGAAGAACACCGCGCGCCUUUAUUGGCCAACUUCGGAAUCACUAUGGGCUACUCAAUACAAACAAGGGACUGUUUUUGGUCCCUGACGCAUUCUAUUGACGUAAGACCGCCAUCUAAAAAUACGCCACUGAAGACGAAGAAACCAGCCAAUCGGAAAACGGUCGAGUUUCCAGGGUAGUUAGCCAAUCAAAUGCAGAGGAAGGUUCACUACCCUCCAAUGAAAACAAAGCGAACAUAGGGGAUUGCCAAGAUACGAAGCCAAUGGGAGGAGAUUGCGCGGAGCACGCCGGGAUGAUGGAGAAUUUUUCCGCUCUCUUCGGAAGCACGGAACCUCCUCCGCCUACCACAGCCGCCGCGCUAGGCUUCGGACCAGGGAAAGCAGGAGGACCCGGAACUGGGCCGCCUCCCGUACCUGCGGUGACUCCUGUAGGAGAUAAAGCGACGGCUUCCAGCGGUCCUUUUUACCUAAUGCGCGAAUUACCAGGCACCACUGAACUGACAGGGAGCACAAACCUGAUCACUCACUAUAACCUGGAGCAUGCCUACAACAAAUUUUGUGGCAAAAAGGUGAAGGAGAAACUCAGCAACUUUCUGCCAGACCUGCCUGGGAUGAUAGAUUUGCCAGGGUCACAUGACAACAGCAGCCUGCGUUCUCUCAUUGAGAAGCCCCCCAUCUGUGGGAGUUCGUUCAACCCCAUCACUGGUACCAUGCUAACAGGUUUUCGUCUCCAUGCAGGCCCGUUACCAGAGCAGUGUCGCUUAAUGCAUAUCCAGCCACCUAAGAAAAAAAACAAGCACAAACACAAGCAGAGCCGUACCCAGGAUCCUGUCCCUCCAGAAACCCCUUCGGAUUCUGACCACAAGAAAAAGAAGAAGAAGAAAGAGGAUGAUCCUGAGCGGAAAAGAAAGAAGAAGGAGAAGAAGAAAAAGAAGAACCGGCAUAGCCCUGAACACCCAGGCGUGGGCAGCUCUCAAGCCAGCAGCAGCAGCAGCCUCCGGUAAUGUCCUGCCAGGGAGCAUGGUGGGAACAGUUCUCUGGGAAGGUGCUACACUUCUGCUGAGAAAAAGAGGAAGAGCAAUAAUAGGGGAAUCACUGCUGACUUGUAUAUGUUCCCUACACCUUAUGGAGCAACAUGUAGAAGAUGACUGCUGGGUGGAACUUCUAGGACUCCAUUGAUCUCUCUGUAAGGAACACAGACAUUCCCUACUACACAGUGCAGACUGGUUUCUUUGUACAAAGUGAUCCUGACUAAGUUGGGAUGUAUCUGUCUCAAUUAAAUCUCUGUUGGAGGAGAUGCUAACAUUUUGAAGGAA